AUGGCAUUUAUUUUGUUUGGAGAACUUUGCGCAGUUAACCUAUCAUGCGACGCUAGAUUAAGGGAGUGCGAAAGCGAAGUCAAGUCUCUCCUUAAAAAAAAUAGUGAAUGCUCUUCUGACUUGGAUUCAUUAAAGAUGGAAAUUUCUCAUCUUUCUGAAAUGAUUCUUCAAUGUGAAAGAAAUAAUAUUACUAAGGAAUCUCAUCAAACAAUAUCAUGGAGAGUGGUGUUCAACCAGCUAAAAAACUUUUCGGUGUUUUUUAAAGGUCUUAUUGCUGCGUCAUAUAGUAAUGUUCCUAAAGAAUUGGAUUCACAAAUUAAAUCCUUUUACAGUAAAAUUUAUGCCUAUUUAGAUCCUACAAUUGAAAAGUACUACGAAGUAUACCCAUUGAUUUCCCAGCACAUAAAAAGUUAUAUGAACAAAUAUGUCAAUUUAUUAGGCCCCUACAUUGAGUAUGUGAAUAUUUAUUCUGAGUUUAUCAAUGAAAAGUUGGACAAAUAUGUUGCCAGAAUUGAAUCAUAUGAACCCAAUGUUGCAGGUACUAUUCCCAAGAACCUUCACGAUCGAAUCUUCUACAUAUUAUGUGCAGUAUUUGCAUUAUAUGUUGUGUUGGAAUCUAUUUUUAUCGUCUUAAAGCUCAUAUUUAGAUGUUUUGGGAUAAGAUGUAACUCUAGUACUAAUAAGAAGGCCGUUAAAUCGCCUUCCUCAAAAUCUACUCCUAGCAACAGAAGAAAAUAA